AUGCAUGCAGAGGCUGCCACAGAAUUAGAUCUGCGCACACCUGCGAGGAAGGGGAAGGAAAAAGUCACGGGGUUUGAUGCUGCGGGCAGCCUCCCACCAGCCAGGCAGCUCCGCAGAAGCUCUGCAAACAAACCUUGGGGAUACCGGGGUGAAGAAGAUUCAGCAGGGGAGGAAGACGCUGUGUCAGAAGAGGUGGAAGAGGGCAGCCAGUCUGACGGGCAGGGCAGCCAGUCAGAUGGCGACCCUGACAGCCAAUCUGACAGUGAAGAGGAGGCUGCAGGGCCUGCCACAGCAGGGCCUGCCACAGGACAGAAUCGGGGGCGUCCACCGGGCAAGCGAACCGUGGUUUUCCAGAAGCGGGCGGUGAAGCCCGCAGGGAGGAAGCGUGUGUCAAAGAAGCUGCUGGAAGGGGCGUCCAGCGGCAGCGAAGAGGAGGGGGAGAGCGAUGAGGAGCUUGAGAAAGAGGGCGAGGGUCCGUUGGACAAGGGUUUGGAGGCGGGGCCCUCGGGGCCCAUGCAUUGGGAGCCGGUCGCGGAGGGGGAUGUGCUGGAAGACGUGCAGCCCCCAGCAUUCACGGGGCCCUCGCAGCGAGAUGUGGUGUUCCAGACCAAUUUGUAUGCGGCCGCGUGUCGGGAGGAGGCGGGGCUGCCUGGGAACAAGGGAAGGGUUUGGGUGAACGUGACGCUCCAGGAAGUGAUGCGGUGGUUUGGGUUAGUGUUUGCUAUGGCCCUGCAUCCGUUGCCUGCUCUUGCCCACUAUUGGAGGAUCGGAGUUCAAGGGGCUGUCCGUUUACCGGGGUUUGGGGAGUUCAUGUCCCUGAAGCGGUUUGAGCAAAUCAAGCGGUACCUGCAUACAAAUGACAAUGCCCAGAGACCCCCAGACAGAGCAACCCGGGAGUACAGGCUGUGGCACUUGAUGCCGUUGCUAAACCACAUGGAAGAAACCUUCCCCCGGUUCUACAACCCAACUCAGUUUGUCACGUUCGAUGAGCGGAUGAUCCCUUUGAGGAAUCGGGGUUGUCCAGUCCGGGUCUACAACCCGAAGAAGCCCCACAAGUUUGGGGUGGAGCUUUUCUGUGCCGUUGAUUCGGUCACAUUCUAUUGCUACUUCCAAUGGGUUUACGACAAGGUCAAGGUCGAGGGGGACGGGUUGCACGACAUGAUCGUGCGAAAGCUGGGGGACCGUGUCCCCAAACACAGGGGGCACGUGAUCAUCCUAGAUCGGGGGUUCACAGGCCCCCUGCCUGUUCGCGCUUUGAAGGAGGCGAACCUCCUUGCUACUGGCACGUGUCUCCCUAACCGGAAAAUGUUUCCCAAAGAGUUGCUGCAGCUGGGAAGCAAGGCAGAACGGGGAUCCAUGAGGGCGGCAGUCUGUGAGGAGGACGGGAUGGUGGCGGUGGCGUGGCAGGACAAGAAGCCGGUCUUCUUCCUGUCCACGUGUCACGGGUUGAGCCUCGGGGAGACGGGGCGGAGGGUUGCAGGCACGAGGGAGGAAGUGACCUGUCCGGAAAUUGCGUACGAGUACAACAAGUUCAAGGACGGUGUCGAUCAGUUCGACAAAUCGUGCUUGAUGGUGGGGUACGGUGGCGAGAUGGAGCUCGUCUCCCGGAAGUGGUGGGUGCGGGUGAUGUUCGGGUUACUGGACGGGGCGAUGCACAACGCGUAUGUGCUGUACCAUGAGGCGCAUCCGGAGGUGAGCCGCUGGGACUUCCUCCUCGCGCUGCAGCAGCAACUCGUGGAGAACACGUACGACAACCUCCCGGGGGCGAGGAAGCGGGGCCGGUCGGAGGGGGCCGGAACCGCAACAACGGGGUCGGAUGACCGUGACGGGCACACCCUGGAGCGGGUGAAAGGGGCUUCCAACCGGUGCCGGGUUUGCUACGCUAUGGACGGGAAGGCGGGCAGGAAGGUGAACAUGAAGUGCGGGGCGUGCGGGGUGUUCCUGUGUCCGGGCGCGUGUGACCGGGAUUGGCACACCCUCCCGGAGUUUGCGGGAACGAGAAAGAACUUGAGGGGCUAAUUGAGUUGGUAGAGCAAAAUAGGCAGGAGAGAAGAGAUCUGCGUAAUUGGUCCAAGCCGAGCUUGUGUUGUAUUUAUUGCAACGCAUCUGAGAGUUUGCGGCCGAAAUUGAAGUAUUGUGCUCGCAACUAUGUGUCUUAAAUAGGGUGUGCUUCAUUGGCCGUACUUUGGAUGUGUCGAGCAUGUGUCAACGAUGGAAUUUGGGUC